UUUUUUAGUUUAUCUUCCCCUUCCGUUCCGAGGAAUUCUUUCAAAAUCCAUGUUUGUUGACUCUCAUUUGCUUGAAAUUUUUUAUUAUUUCUUCCUUUUCCGAUUUUUAAUUUGCCUGAGAAAUUCUCUUCGUUUUUAAAAUUUUUUGGUGAAAUUUCUAUUUCAUUAACUUUCUUUUCUAUUUUUUCCUUAUCUUCAAUUAUUCUUAUACCUUUUGAUUUAUACUUUUCUUCUUCCCUCUUCUCUUCCUUUUCUUCAUUCUUUUGUUCCUUAUCCUCUCCCUUCUCUCUUUCCCUCUCCUUCUUCUCUUUUUCUACUUCCUCUUCCUCCUCUUCCUUCUCUACUUCCUCUUCCUUUACCUUCACCUCCUCCCCUUCAUUCUCUUCUUCCUUCUUCUUCUCUUCACCAAUCUUCCCUAAAUCCCUCAUUUCCUGCUCAUCUUCCACUUCAAAUUGCCCUACAUUGCUUGAUGUACCUUCAAUUUCCUUCACCAACUUCAAUUUAUUUUCAUCAUUUUUACUCAUUUUAUUUUUCUUCUUUUUCUUCUUCGAUUUAUUCUUUUUUGAUUUUCCUUUAUUAUUUAAUACAUUUUUAUCAUUACUUUUAUUUUCAUCCUCUUUAGAAUAUAUUUCAUUUGCCAUUCCACUUUCUUCUCUUCCUUCCUUGUUAAAAUUUAAAAUAUUCCUAAUUACCCUAUCCAUUCCAUCAUCUGGUACUAUUCUUAGAAGAUU